AUGGUGAGCAAGGAGGGUGGCAAAUGUAUGCUCACCAACUCAGAGUCUGACUCGGAGGCAGCGCCCGUGCCCUCCACCUCUCUGGCACUGGAGGUAAAAUAUUCCCUGGAAGCCAGUCGACAAGUGAGGAAGAGAAACAAGGCCCUGCAAGUGCGUUUCAAGGAUAUCUGUGAGGCGCAGAAUGAGCAAAGGGAGGCAGAGUUGCAGGCAGCGGGGAAAGGCGGCAAGCCGAUCUCAUACAAAGUAGCGUACCGCAAGUACAUGACCGUCCCUGCCCGCAGAUCCAUCCCAAACGUCACAAGGAGCACAGGUGUGCAGACGUCCCCUGACCUGAAGAAACGCUAUCAGACCUUUCCCUUCGAACGCAAGAAAGGCCACACCUUUAAACACGUGGCAGCCGUGGAAACUUAUAAAGGUCAAAAAAACGGUUUUGUCAUGGAGGUGAAGCAGUCCAAGGCUGCUGAGCAGGGUUUAGAUGAUGAUGAGGAGGAGGAGGGAGCCUGUGGGGGGAGCAGAGUCCGGAGGACCAGGGCUCUGCUCCAUACUAAUGAGUGCACUGCCACAGUAGAGCAGCACACUGCACCUGAUGGCCUGUGCUCUGACGCUCUGCUGCUCAGUUGCUCUGCAGACACAGACUGCCUUGCAGACACACAGAGAGGAAGAGGAGCUGGAGCACAGGCAGAGUACCAGCUCUGCAGUGUCCCAUCCAAAGCCAGGACAGGAUUACAACACAGAGAGGCUGAUACGGACCGCUCGACCAAGAGGCAGCUGUUCAAUCUGGAGGAGGGCUCGUCCCGAACCCUGCCGGACAGGGCCUCCAAGGUUACAGGCCCCAUCGCCUGGAACUCUCUUACCCAAGUGGAGUGCUUGGACAGUCCAUCUGUGCGGAGCAAGAGGAAGAAAGCCCUGCAGCUCAACGGGCUGCAGAGUGAGACACUACCACGUUCCAGCAGAGGUUGUACAACACAGGCACAGUGCCACACUGGACAGUUAUCUGCCCGGCCUCUUCGGGGCAUGGAGGAGCCUCUGUCACCUUGCACAGGUGGUGAGGCUGCUGGGCCACCGCCUGACCAAACGCAGGAGGCCUGUAAGCAAAUAGUGCCUAUGAAUCAGGACAGGGAUGUUAAAGCACAGCUCCAGGCCAUGGAAAAUCUCAUUAGCUCCAGCCAAGAGACCAUCAAGGUGCUGCUGGGGGUCAUCCAGGAGCUGGAGAAGGGGGAGGCCCACAGAGAAGGACUCUCCUAUCGAACCGGACAGGACACGGCCAACUGUGACACAUGCCGAAACAGCGCAUGCAUUAUUUACAGUGUGGAGCUGGACUUCAAGCAGCAGGAGGACAAGUUGCAGCCACUUAUGAAGAGGCUUUGCCCUACAGAGGAUGGCCACUUCCCCCCCCUGCCUUACCCCCAGGAGGCCUUCACCUCCACUCCAAAACGCAAGUCCAAAGCUGACUCCAAGAAGCACGCUCGCUGGAAACUUUGGUUCCUGUGAAAGACACAGGAUGGUCUCCUCCCUCAACCCGGAUGCACAGGAUUAAUGCGUCCGUCUGGUCGUCCAUGUUUGUUUUGUUUCUCCGUCGUCUUCUGUUUUAUCACAUCUACUUGGCUUUUUGCAGACCUGGUAGCCACUGGAUACUGAACCCCUUCUCAGAGAUGACAGGAUGUGUAAUGGGACACAAGUGUGGAUUCCAUGGAAAAUUCGAAAUGUCACGCUUACCAAAAAUGGAU